AAACAGAAGACCACGUGACUCCGUUUUCGACUUGUAAUUAAACGUUUAUUUAACGUAAAGCAGGUUUCCUCACUGAUGUAAUUAAGACUCGGGUUUCACUCCUCCGUCCGUCAGAUGGCGUUUUGCCUGGCUGAGCUGCACUUGUGGUCCACCAAGAGCUCACUCCAAGUCAAAGAUACAGAUAUUGGCACCUAUCAGUACUACGAUAAAGGAGAGCCAGCAAAUCCCCUGGAGCAUCACUAUUACAAGGAGAAACUCAGGUUCUGUGAAGCUCGAGGCUAUUCGUGGACCCCCAGGAACCGCCGACCGGAGAAGCUACGUGAUUCGCUGAAGGAGUUGGAGGAACUGUUGCAGACCAACACAUGCGUUCACAGCAGAUGGAGGAGCAAGCGUUGCUGCCAGGUGUUGCUGAGCAGCGGAGUCCUGGUGACCCUGAUCCUAAAUGGACCUCAGCUCGAUCAGGUGUUUGUAGACCGAACAUUAGUGGGCCGCCUGCCAGCCAACACCGUGGCUGAUGCGGUGCUCAGCGAUAGGCUGAUCCUGCUGUCCUUCCUGGAGCAGAGCCAAGUGGCUGCGGUCCACCUGAACCAGAAGAACCAGGACUCCCCAGAGACCGGCAGGAGAACAGAGAAACUCUCCCCCUCUGACAUCAAGGUGGUGUGUGUGGAGCCGAGUGGGCGUGGCCGUAGGCUCCGCAGACGCGUGGGCUUCAACCGUCUGCAGGAUUUGGCGUUCUGCUGGUGGGACCUGGACGAGCCCGGAGACGAGCCGUGGACCUGGACUCCCACAAACACACACAGGAACAACCUGGUGCUGCUCAGCUGCUCACCUGCUGAAGGCCUCAAGGUCCUCGGCUCUCUCCGGACUGAAGGAAACCCUCUGGACUGCCGCUUCAGCGUUCUGCAGCCCUACCAGCUGCUGACGGUGGAGCUUCCUGCAGCAACAUCUGGAUCCAGAGACGGGUCCUGGGCCGACGCCGGCGUCUACGACUGUACAAAAGGACGCCUUCACCGCCUCUCCGUCACCCGCAUCCCGCUGACGUCCCGUCCCAUCUCCUGCUCCCGUCACCCCUCUGAGACCUCACUCCUCCUGGGCCUCGCCGACUCCUCCUUGGUGCUGUACGACCAGCGGCGCGGGGUCUCUCUGCUGGCCUCCUGCCCCAUGCCGCCCACCCUCCUGGCCUGGCACCCUGCUGGGGCGGUGGUGGUGGUGGGGGGGGAGCAGGGGGAGCUGAUGUGCUUUGAUGUGGGCUUGGCACCUGUUAGGGUGGCGCUGGUGGCGGAGGAGGUGGCUCCAGCCGCCACGCUGAGACUAGAUGAACACCUGCGCUGCUCUGGAGGACUGGAGGGACUGAAGUGGGCGUCGGGUCUGGAGGGAGACCUGCUGAUGCUGGUCUUUCAUGGGGGGCCGCUAGCAGCCCUGAGAUUCAGACUAGGAGCUCUGACCGGAGGACUGAUGGGUCCCGGUGAGCUGCUGCAGCAGCGGCUGCGUUGCGGUCAAGUCAAAGAGGCGCUGGGCGUCCUGGAGGCCAUGGACUGGAGCAUCAUGGGAGACGAGUGCUACCGAGGCCUGAGCUCAGUCACCAACCACCUGCUGAGGCUGGAGCUCAACGCAGACAGAGAGGCUCAACUAGAAGCAGCUCUCGGUGUGUUUUACUCUCCGCCUGCUCCUCUCUCUGAUGUCGUGAUACUCGAGUACAGGGAGCCAAUCAGCAAGUGCGCCCGCCGCUUUUUUCACCACCUUCUCAGACACCAGCGCUUCGAGAAGGCCUUCCUCCUCGCCGUAGAUUUAGAAGCCAGAGAUUUAUUCAUGGACCUCCAUUAUGUUGCCAGCGAUAAGGGCGAGCUGGUGCUAGCGGACGUGGCCAAGAGGAAAGCUAAUGAAAUCCAGGCUCAGACCAUCGCAGGCAACGAAGAUCCUCUGAAAGGCAGAGAUGGUGUGUUGUUUGGUUCCAGCCUCGGGGACGGACGGACGGAGAGGAACCAAAGUGCAUCAGGACCUUCGUACCCAGAAACUCCCACAACACAUGCUGAUGGGAGAGCCAAUCAGAGGAGAGCACAGGCAGAGAGCCUUCUUGUGACCGUGAGCCCAGAUGUGUUCAGGACACCAAGACAAACAGGAAGCAGCGAAGGUGACGGAGACGUCAGGAAUGAUGGUGAAGACCUCGGGAUGCUUCAUGUGGUCCAUUUAGGAAUGGUCUGAAGAAACGAGCUAAGAAAUCUUAAAAGACACACAACAACAACAACAUUGCACCAAUCAAAAGCCUUCUUUGUCUAUAUGUUUAUAUGCAGAGUACUCACCUGUAUUAUUACCUGGAUAGGGAGUUGUAUAGGACAGCAGUUAAACGUUUGGACACACCUUCUCAUUCAACUAAUUUGAAGAAUCUAAAAUCUAAAACAUAUUCUGGUUUGUUUACCACAUAAUUCCAUAUGUGUUCCUUCAUAGUUUGGAUGUCUUCAAUAUUAAUCUUUUUUUUUUUUUUUAAAUAAAGAAAAACCAUUGAAUGAGAAGGUGUGUCCAAAUGUUUGACUGGUACUGUAGAUAUCUGAUAAAAUAGGAAUAAAACAUAUGUGUCAUACGUAAAUACAUUAGUUUUGUAUACGCACUUUUGUUAGUAAAUUGUACAGUUUAAACUGAGAAUAUUUGGAUGUGAAUUCAGGUUAUUUUCUGUCUUAGUGAAGUCUUAACCAAAUUAACCUUAAAUAUAAACGGUUACACACGACUGGAAAUGUUUUAAACCUUUUCAUUAAUCAGCCUGAAAAAAAA